AUGUUAAUACGAAGAUGUUUCAGAUUGAACUAUAGACAAAUAACAAGUAUACGGUUCAAUUCCACUAACAAGGAAAUCUUAAAGAAUGGUAACGAUGCAGAUAAGAAAGUCAGUGAAUUUAACAUCAAAUCAGAGACAUCAAAAGCAGCUCCAGCACCUUUUAAUACACCGGGCAUUGAAAAAUUAUUAAAGAAAGAUAAUAAACCAUACAUUCCAAAAUUAAAUCAUAAACGACUUUCAUUUGAAUAUCCAUCAUUACCAAACCAAGAUCAAUAUAAUAACCUUGUGGAAAAACCAAGGACUCGAACAAGAUGGUCAAGAUACAUUCCAAAAAUAUUAACAGUUAUAGUCCUAGGGUAUUCAGUUUAUAUGAUUAAAAUAUGGUUUAUUGAUCCAGCUACAAAAGAAGAAGGAGAAGAUUCAAAUGAUUUAUUAUCACCAAUUGAGUUUCAUAAAUUUAUAAUUACACAUAAGUUACAAAUCGAUAAUAAUCAUUAUUUAAUUGAACUUAAGCCAAAGUAUUCAAAUUGGAUGUUAUCGUUCAAUGUAAAUCCACAGGAGAAGAGUCUAUGGAGUGGUCAGAAAUUAUGGAGUGUUGAAGUGAAACAUCCAAUGAUUAAUAUUGUAAGAAGUUAUACUCCUUUACCUUUAUACUUUAUGAAAUCAGAAUAUACCAGAAGCGGAGAAAAGGAACCAUUAUUAAAAGUGAUUAAUCCGGAAAUUGACGUUAAUGAUAGAGAAGGGACAAUGGUGCUCUAUGUGAAAAGAUACGAUGAUGGAGAAGUUUCAAAAUAUAUAACUAACAAAGAGAUAGGUGAUGAAUUGGAAUUACGUGGUCCAGAUAUUGACUACAAGUUUCCUUACCAUCCAUUAAAUAAACUCCACUCUCGUCCGAUAUUCAAGGAUCUACCAAGUAAAGUUGAACCAGAUAAUUUGAAGUCAAUAGUUAUGAAGGAGCAUAAUUUAUCAGAUGUAGAUAAUUUGACUUUUUAUUGUGGUGGGACUGGAAUUUCACCAGCUCUUCAAAUGUUAUUUUCGAAAGAGCCAAGUUUGGGAUAUACGACAAUUCAUUAUUCAGCUAGAUCUAAAGGUGAAUUAGGUCCAUUAGAACGAUUUUUGUUCUUCCUUGAAAAACUAGAUAGAAUCAAAUUAGUUUAUCAUAUAGAUAAUAGCAAUCCAAUCACAAAAAAAGACAUUACAAAACCAGAAGAGUCGAACUAUAUAACUCCGAAGAAGAUAGAUAGUAAAGAUUUGAACAAUGAUGAGAAAUUGAAAUUGAGAAUGGCUAUGAUGAAUCAAGACGAGAAAACGGUGGUUGAGAAAAGAUUGGUUAGUAAUGAACUUGAAAGAGGUGAAAGGUUUGAAAGUGUUCUAGAACAGGCUCAACAUACAUCUAAACAAAAGAAGAAAGGGUCGUCUUUGGCUAUUGUUUGUGGUCCUGAUGGAUAUGUUGAUUAUAUUGCUGGUUCUAAAGAUUUGAUAAAUAAUCAACAAGGUGAAGUCAAGGGAUUAUUGGGUGGUAAGAAAUGGGAUAAUUCAAAUGUAUAUAAAUUGUAA